AUGUCCACCGCGGCCCCCUCUACGCCUACCGCCGUGCGCAAUCCAACCUCAUAUCGAAGCCCGCCCCUGGAGUCUGGCUCUCCGUCGAGGACACAGAGUACCAGCGGCCGUCCGCACCAGAAAGCUCAUAGUCGAACCGGCUCCAGGUCCUAUUCCCAGGAACCAAGCGGCCAUACACGCACCGCGAGCAAUGCUCGACGGGACUACGAGCCACAGCCUUCCACCACCACCGCUCGACCAAGCACCACUGGUCGUAGCUCCUCGAAGGACAGAGCACGAGAGGUUUCCUCGUCUUAUCGCCCUGACCCUUCCCGCACCCAUCGUCGCGCGUCAUCUCGGCCCACAAACGGUGAUAGCGUCGACAUGGCCCGUUCAAACUCCGCCGCCGUCGAUGGCGCGUCGCAUCCCCCUGCAAGCAAUAGUCAUACCUCCAAUGGUGCCUCGCUAGCUGCCCAGCCCAAGAGACGUACUACGAUCACUACGCCUUCAGGACAGUGGGCACUUGGCAAAACAAUCGGCGCUGGAAGCAUGGGGAAAGUCAAGCUAGCAAAAAACCUUGAAACUGGAGAACAGGUUGCCGUCAAGAUCAUUCCUCGCCACACCAACGACGAACAGCGCAGCACUCGCGAGAAUGAAAGGGCAGAUCGUUCAAAAGAGAUACGGACCGCGAGAGAGGCGGCUAUCGUAACCCUCUUGAACCAUCCGUAUGUCUGCGGAAUGCGAGAUGUCGUUCGCACAAACUACCACUGGUAUAUGCUGUUUGAGUACGUGAAUGGCGGUCAGAUGCUCGACUACAUCAUCUCCCAUGGCAAGUUAAAGGAAAAGCAAGCCCGGAAGUUUGCUCGCCAAAUCGCAAGCGCUCUUGACUACUGUCAUAGAAACAACAUCGUACACCGUGAUCUCAAAAUCGAGAAUAUUCUCAUCAGCAAGACGGGUGAUAUCAAAAUCAUCGACUUCGGCCUCAGCAAUCUGUUCUCACCCAAAGGCCAACUCAAGACGUUCUGUGGAAGUCUGUAUUUUGCUGCCCCUGAGCUACUACAAGCUCGCCAGUACACUGGACCCGAGGUUGACGUGUGGAGUUUUGGUAUCGUCCUUUACGUUCUCGUUUGCGGUAAGGUCCCAUUUGACGACCAGAGCAUGCCGCAGCUUCACGCGAAAAUCAAAAAGGGAGUAGUCGAAUACCCGCCUGGUCUCUCGUCAGAUUGCCGCCAUAUCAUUUCCCGCAUGUUGGUCACUGAUCCGAAGCAACGGGCCUCGCUGGCCGAAAUCAUGCAGCAUCCUUGGAUGACAAAGGGAUACAGUGGAGUGCCGGAGAAUUACCUCCCACAGCGCGAGCCACUGAAGCUACCCCUGGACCAGGAAGUCAUCCAGAAGAUGACUGGAUUCGAUUUUGGUCCACCAGAAUUCAUCUCUUCGCAGCUCACCAAGAUCGUUGAGUCUGACGAGUAUCAGGAAGCCGUCAGAAGCAGCGCAAAAGAACAGCAACAUCAUAACCCGAACCCCUUAAACGAAAAGCGACGAGGAGUUUUCGAUUUUUAUAAACGUCGCAACUCCAUGAGCAAAGACAAUCUAUCCAUUUCUCCGUCAUUUGAAACGAUGCAUUCAUUCGGUGACCCUUCGAGUGGUUUCCACCCGCUCAUCUCAGUGUACAAUCUCGUGAAGGAGAAGCAGGAUAGAGAAAAUCCCCAAUUGCAUCCUGGUGGCCUCCCUGCGCCCGCAGACACCUCACUGAGGCAACCGGAUCUUCCCAUGCCAGAAGCUGCGUAUACCAACCAAAAUGCGUACGAAGUUCCUGGAGAGAAGGACUCGGGAGGAAGGUCUCGCCCAAGAGCUAGAACGCACGGCGACGAUGACUUGACUGAAGGAGUGAAGAACCUGGCCGUGGCUAAGCCGCCCGUCCAGCAGGCGGUGUCGCCAACCAUAGUAGCCCCUCCCGUUGAAACUGCUCCGCCAAAGAAGGAGAGUGCCGCUGCUGGCUUGUUGAGACGCUUCAGCACGAGAAGAACACGAGACAGAGGACGUGAGGCAGAGAGAGAUAGACUGCCAGUCCAACAGCCCGCGUCUGCGCAUGCACACCUCGCCGAAGACCUCCUCGCGCCUAGGAAGAGCUUUAGUGUACGAAGGUCUAGACGUGGAGAGGCAGCCCCAGGCAACCUCCAUCCUAGUGGCAGCCACUCUCAGUAUCCUGACAUCCCGCAUGGGUCUAAUUCUGGCCUGUCUCCUUCUCGAGCAAACAAUAUCCUCGCAAGAUCAACAAGUGUGAACUCUGGAGAAAACCGUAUCCGAAGAGGUAACAGGAGAGGACCUUCAGGUUACCUUUCAUCGCCAGCAAAUGAACCAGGACUAGCCAGCGGAUCAGACCAAUCUAAUCUACAUGUCCAAAAGACGAAACCCAACGAGCAAGCAAAUGAGCCAAAGAAUACCUACCCCCCUCAGGCUAGGACUAAGUCGUUGGGACAUGCGAGACGCGAAAGCAUUCAAGCCCGCCGCGCUCGUCGAGAGGAAGCAAAGGAAGCCCAAGUCCCCGAGGAGACGGAUACAGAGGUCCUCGAUGGCCCCAACGCCGUGACAGGCACCGGCGAAGACCUGUCAAAACCAGUUUAUCUCAAGGGCCUGUUCAGCGUAUCUACUACCAGCAGCAAACCACUACAAUUUAUACGCUCCGACAUCAUACGUGUUCUCAAACAGCUUGGUGUUGAAUAUGUCGAGAUAAAGGGAGGUUUCAGCUGUCGUCACGCCCCAAGCAUAGACCUCAACCGCGUCGUUGAUGCCAACCCUCCAAGUCCCGAGAGACAAGGGCCAGUUUCUGGCCAUCGUCGCCGAAUCAGUUUCGCCGGCCUCCGCGCCCAUGCAACCGCCGAAGAAACGCAAGAACACAAACCAUCGCCCACCAAAGCGCCACGCCGUAGCCAGCGAGCUCCUGAUCAAAGCUUCGUCACCAACUCUGAAGGGUCGGACGAAUACGUUGCGCCUCGUGACAGCACUGCCGGUGGCGAGCGUGUGGUAGGCGAGACCACCACAAAGGUCCAAACGGACACUGGCGCAAACCUCGUCCUCCGUUUUGAGAUCGUUAUCGUCAAGGUGCCCCUCUUCUCUCUACAUGGUAUCCAAUUCAAGAAGGUGUCCGGAGGUAUGUGGCAGUACCGAGAGAUGGCGAAGAAGAUCCUAGAUAACCUCAAGCUAUAA